AUGAAGGAGGUAGUGUUGAUAGUGCGGGGCAUGACGUGUGCGUCAUGCGUGAAUGCUGUGGUUGGGCAAGUAGAGGCGCUCGAAGGUGUGAGCAGUUGUGAUGUGUCGUUGGUCACCAGUGAGUGCAAAGUAGUGAGUGAGGAUAGUGUAGCGACUGAUGGUAUUAUAGAGGCUGUUGAGGACUGCGGGUUUGAUUGUGAGUUGAUUAGGGAGAAGAGUAUGGCUCCUGCGCUAUGUCGUGGGUUUAUCGGGAUCAAAGGAAUGACAUGUAGUUCGUGUGUGGCCACGGUGACCAAGCAGUUGGAAGCUAUAGAAGGUGUUUCUGAUGUCGAUGUUUCGCUAAUGACAGAGGAGUGUACGGUAGUUUUCGAUCCGCAGUUGGUGGCUAUAGAGGAUAUCAAGGAGACCAUCGAUGAUUGCGGGUUUGAUGGUACUGUCUCUAGCAGUGAACCUGUGGGUGGUGCAGACUCUAGGGCCAAAUACGUUGACCUACGGCUACUGGGUUUCAAUUCGAAGGACGACAAUGAGCUGGAUCAGCUAACAGAUAAAUUAAGGGGUUUCAAACAGGAUAACGCCGGUAUACUCGAUAUGGCUUUGAAUACCGAGGAUUACUGUUUGUCAGUACACUUUGACACCCAGAUCAUAGGUAUACGAAAGAUCAUUGACAUACUGGAGAGUCUUGGGAUAAACGCCGUGGUAGAUGUCUCCUUCGAUAAGCACACACAGUUGAACUUGUUGACUAAGGCCAGCGAGAUACGUUACUGGAAGUCAGCUUGUGUGAAGUCUUGCAUAGUAGCAUUUGUCACCAUGGUAUUAUACAUGGGGUUGCCGGCAUUGUUUCCAAGCCUGAUGAAGGAUAAAAUCUUCCCUUAUUCAUCAGUUGGCGCUGUGAACGGCUUAUAUUACCGUGAUAUCAUAGGCUUUUUCCUAGCCUCUUAUGUGCAAUUUGUCAUUGGUGCCACUUUUUAUAAAUCUGCAUGGGCAUCCUUGAAGCAUUAUGCUGGUACAAUGGAUACUUUGGUGUGUUUCUCAACUACAUGUGCGUACCUUUUCUCAUUAUAUUCUAUGACCGAAUGCAUAGUAUCGCCACCAGCCUCGGGGAAACUUCCGAAAGUUAUUUUUGAUACCUCUGUCAUGAUUGUCGCAUAUAUUUCUAUCGGGAAAUAUCUUGAAAACAAGGCUAAAUCCAAAACGUCAACAGCAUUAUCUAAAUUGAUAUCACUGACACCUUCUUCCUGCAUUAUCGUUGAUAAGGAUGAUGACUCAAUUACGCAAGAAAUUGGCAUCGAAUUACUGGAAGUUGGUGAUAUUGCCAUGGUCAAGCCUGGUGCUAAGAUCCCAAGUGAUGGUAUUGUCACAAAAGGUAUAUCUGAGGUUGAUGAAUCUUUAAUGACUGGUGAAACAAAUCUAGUGGUUAAAGAAAUUGGAUCAGUUGUAACAGGUGGUACGAUCAAUGGUUCUGGGUUGAUUUAUUUCGAAGUCACAUCUGUUGGUGAUGAUACUAAGCUCGCAAAUAUUAUUAAGGUAAUGAAGAAUGCACAACUGAAGAAAGCCUCUAUUCAGAGAUACACUGAUUAUGUAGCGUCAAUCUUCGUUCCAACGGUGCUGAUCCUAUCACUACUUACAUUUAUUGUAUGGACUUCUCUAACUAGAAGCGAGAAAAUCAUCUCCAAAUUAAGUAUAUUUGGUGAGACUAGUGAAAGCAGGUUCUAUAUGUGUUUACAAAUAGCUACUUCGGUUGUCAUCGUUGCCUGCCCUUGUGCACUGGGGCUUGCUACACCAACUGCAAUAAUGGUCGGCACUGGUGUUGCUAGUGAAAAUGGUGUCCUGAUUAAAGGUGGUGAUGUAUUGGAGAAAUUCAACGAGGUAAACACUUUUGUAUUUGAUAAGACAGGUACAUUGACCACUGGGCACAUGACUGUUCAACAGUUUGUAGGCAACGCCGAAAUGAUCAAGAACUUAUUUUAUCUAGAAUGUAUUGAGAGGGCAGAGGCGUUAAGUGAUCAUCCAGUCUCCAAAGCAGUUGUAAAAUAUUGCAGAGAUCUAUUAGGAGAGUCAUUCGAAGGUACUUCAAUGAUUAUAGAGGAUGAACAACUUAUUACAGGUAAAGGUAUCAAGUGCACUGUGAAAGCUGCUGAUAAAACCUUGAGAAUUACUGUUGGAAACAAAUCUUUAAUGGAUGAGGACUCGUUAGGAGAAUUCUGGCAAAUGUAUGGUAGAGCUGGCCCAUGCACCGUGACAUAUUUGGCCAUUGAUGAUAAGGUGUGUGGUAGAUUCGAGCUACUUGAUGAAGUGAAAAGUGACGCAAAAGAUGUCAUCCGCUAUUUGCGCAAUAACAAUUACGAAGUAUUCAUGGUGACAGGUGACACUCAUAAAUCGGCUAUGAAAGUGGCUGAAAUGGUUGACAUACCUCCAAAUAAUGUAUACAGUGAAGUAACACCUGAUGGGAAAUCGCAAACUGUGGAAUAUUUAAGAGAAGAAGGGCGUGUUAUUGCAUUUAUUGGUGACGGUAUCAAUGAUUCAUUGGCCUUGGUAACGAGCGACUUGGGAAUAGCCAUUUCCUCUGGGACUGAGGUUGCCAUUGAAGCUGCUGGCAUAGUGAUUUUGAAUGAUCCAGACACCGACGAGCCCACAUUAAAAGGGGUUGUAAAUGCAUUAGACCUGUCUAUUAGAACGUUCCGUAGAGUGAAACUGAAUCUGUUCUGGGCGUUGUGUUACAACGUAUUCAUGUUACCCAUUGCCAUGGGUAUUCUCGUACCAUGGGGGAUCACACUACACCCAAUGGUUGCUGGAUUGGCUAUGGCGUUCAGUUCUGUCAGUGUGGUAGUAAAUUCAUUGAUGUUGAAGUGGUGGAAAGCGCCUGAACUCACUUCUAAGAAUUCGCAUUCGAGUAAAGGGUAUGGAUAUUACACCAAGGGCACCGAACAGCUGAACCGCUUGCUGGGAUCAGCAUCGACAGGCAUGAGCGAUGAUACAGAGAUAGAGAUUCAGGACUUGGAACUACAACCUACAAGUUUAUCCUCACAAAGGACUUUGUAA